GCCCAUGGGGAGCGGGCGCCCGGUGCCGGCCAGGACGACAGCCGCCGCCGCCCGCGCCGCGCCCGGCCCGUGAGCCCAGGGACCCCCUCUGGGAGAGCCCCAUGAGGGCAGGAGAGUGAUGGAGAGUACGCCCAGCUUCCUGAAGGAGACCCCAGCCUGGAAGAAGACAGCCCCUCAGAAUGGCAUUGUGGGACAGGAGCCGGAUACUCCGCCUCGGGAUGGGCUGCAUCAUGGGGCACUGUGCCUGGGAGAGCCUGCUCCCUUCUGGAGGGGUGUCCUGAGCACCCCGGACUCCUGGAUUCCCCCUGGCUUUCCCCAGGGCCCCAAGGACACACUUCCACUUGUGGAGGGUGAAGUCCCCCUUAAUGGGGAGAGGAGGGCCAACUGGCUGGGCAGCAAAGAGGGACUCCGCUGGAAGGAGGCGAUGCUUACCCACCCUCUGGCAUUCUGCGGGCCGGCGUGCCCACCUCGCUAUGGCCCCCUGAUUCCUGAGCAUAGUGGUGGCCAUCCCAAGAGUGAUCCUGUGGCCUUCCGACCUUUGCAUUGCCCUUUCCUUCUGGAGACCAAGAUCCUGGAGCGAGCUCCUUUCUGGGUGCCCACCUGCUUGCCACCCUACCUGGUGUCCAGCUUGCCCCCAGAGCGUCCAUGUGACUGGCCCCUGACCCCGCACCCCUGGGUGUACUCCGGGGGCCAGCCCAAGGUGCCCUCUGCCUUUAGCUUAGGCAGCAAGGGCUUUUACCACAAGGAUCCGAGCAUUCUCAGGCUGGGAAAGGAGCCCUUGGCAGUUGCGGAACCUGGAUUGUUGGGUUUCGCCCCUGGUGGGCAUCUGCAAAGAGCCGGGGAGGCGGAACGCCCUUCACUCCACCAGAGGGAUGGAGAGAUAGGAGCUGGCAGGCAGCAGAAUAUUUGCCCACUUCUCAUGGGGCAUCCAGAUACUGUUUCCCGGACCCCCUGGCCUGCUUGUCCCCCAGGCCUGGUUCAUACUCUUGGCAACGUCUGGGCUGUACCGGGCAGUGGGAGCCUUGGGUACCAGCUGGGGCCACCAGCCAUGCCAACGUGCCCCUCUCCAGCACCUCCUACCACCCAGGGGGGCUGUUGCACAUCUCACCCACCUGCUAGAGGUGGGGGUCUUGGCCCUUGUGGGAAGUGCCAGGAAGGCCUAGAGAGGGGUCCCAGUGGAUCUGGUGAAUCCAGCGAGGAAGCGAACAGGCCCUCUGGUCCCAGGAUCUGCGCCCCCAGUUACCAUACUAAGCUGAAGAAGACGUGGCUCACGCGACACUCUGAGCAGUUUGGCUGUCCAGACGACUGCCCUGGGGACGAGGAGAACCCGGCUGCCCGGCUCCAGGCCCUCAAGAGGGCAGGCAGCCCUGAGGUCCAGGGAGCAGUGGGCAGUCCAGCCCCAAAGCGCCCACCCGACCCUUUUCCAGGCACUGCAGGGCAUGGGGCCAGGGCUUGGCAGGAGGUGCUGGACACAUCGAUAGGGAGCAAGGCAGAGGCAGAACAACAUGGUGACCAGAGAGGACCCGGAGAUGGCAGGGCCAGCCUCCAGGACCCAGGGCUUCAGGACAGGUCUCGCCCGGCUGUCCCGGCAGCCACUGCUCAGUGCCAAAGCUGUGCCCAUGCAGCUGGAGAGGUGGGAGGGCUGGCCUGCCACUCCCAGCAAGUGCGGAGAUUGCCUCUGGGAGGGGAGCAGCAGCAGGAGGAAGACUUGGCCACUGGCUCUGAGGAGAGGGGAGGAUCUGGCCCGGAGGCCCGGCUCAGCGUGGGCCUCGCCAAACAUCUGCUAAAUGGUUUGGGAGACCGACUAUGCCGCCUGCUGCGCAGGGAGCGGGAGGCCCUGGCCUGGGCACAGCGGGAAGCGGGCCAGGGGCCAGCUGUGACAGAGGACAACCCAGGCAUUCCACGCAGCUGUAGCCGUUGUCACCACGGACUCUUCAACACCCACUGGAGAUGCCCUCACUGCAGCCACCGGCUGUGUGUGGCCUGUGGUCGCAUGGUUGGCGCUGGGAGGACCAGGGAAAAGGCAGGCUCUCAGGAGCAGUCCACAGAGGAGUGUACCCAGGAGGCUGGGCACACUGCCUUCUCCCUGAUACUGAUCCAGUGUAUCUCCAGCCAGGCUUUGGCAGAACUGAGCACAGCAAUGCACCAGGUCUGGGUCAAGUUUGACAUCCGGGGGCACUGCCCCUGCCAAGCUGAUGCCCGGGUGUGGGCUCCCGGGGAUGAGAGCCAGCAGAAGGAGGCGACAGAGAAAGCUCCCCCAACUCCACAACCUUCCUGUAAUGGGGACACCACCAGGACCAAGGACAUCAAAGAGGAGACUCCGGACUCCACCGAGACCCCAGCAGAGGAUCGUGCCAGCCGAGGGCCCUUGCCCUGCCCCUCUCUCUGCGAACUGCUGGCCUCUACUGCUGUCAAACUCUGCUUGGGGCAUGAGCGGAUACACAUGGCCUUUGCCCCCGUCACUCCAGCCCUGCCCAGCGAUGACCGCAUCACCAACAUCCUGGACAGCAUCAUCGCUCAGGUUGUGGAACGGAAGAUCCAGGAGAAAGCUCUGGGGCCGGGGCUUCGGACUGGGCCGGGCCUGCGCAAGGGCCUGGGCCUACCUCUCUCUCCAGUGCGGGCCCGGCUGCCUCUCCCUGGGGCUCUGCUAUGGCUGCAGGAGCCCAGGCCUCGGCGUGGCUUCCACCUCUUCCAGGAGCACUGGAGGCAGGGCCAGCCUGUGUUGGUGUCAGGGAUUCAGAGGACACUACGAGGCAGCCUGUGGGGGACAGAAGCCCUCGGGGCUCUCGGAGGCCAGGUGCAUGCGCUGACCCCUCUGGGGCCUCCCCAACCCACAAGCCUGGGCAGCACCACCUUCUGGGAGGGAUUCUCCCACCCUGAGAUUCGCCCAAAGUCAGACGAGGGCUCUGUCCUCCUGCUGCACCGAGCUCUGGGGGAUGAGGACACCAGCAGGGUGGAGAACCUGGCUGCCAGCCUGCCACUCCCAGAGUACUGCGCCCGCCAUGGCAAACUCAACCUGGCUUCCUACCUCCCCCAGGGCCCUGUCCUGCGUCCACUGGAGCCCCACCUCUGGGCAGCCUAUGGUGUGAGCCCACACCGUGGACACCUGGGGACCAAGAACCUGUGUGUGGAGGUGAUGGACUCAGUCAGCAUCCUGGUGCAUGCGGAGGCACCGCUGCCUGCCUGGCACCGGGCACAGAAAGACUUCCUUUCAGGCCUGGAUGGGGAGGGGCUCUGGUCUCCAGGCAGCCAGGUCAGCGCCGUGUGGCACGUGUUCCGGGCCCAGGACGCACAGCGCAUUCGCCGAUUUCUCCAGAUGGUGUGCCCGGCCGGUGCAGGCACCCUGGAGCCUGGCACCCCGGGCAGCUGCUAUCUGGACUCAGGGCUGCGGCGGCGUCUGCGGGAGGAGUGGGGCGUGAGCUGCUGGACCCUGCUGCAGGCCCCCGGAGAGGCCGUACUGGUGCCGGCAGGGGCGCCCCACCAGGUGCAGGGCCUGGUAAGCACAGUCAGCGUCACUCAGCACUUCCUAUCCCCUGAGACCUCUGCCCUCUCUGCUCAGCUCUGCCACCAGGGGCCCAGCCUGCCCCCUGACCACCACCUGCUUUAUGCCCAGAUGGACUGGGCUGUGUUCCAAGCAGUGAAGGCAGCAGUGGGGACAUUACAGGAGGCUAAAUAGGGGAAAUCCAGGUGUCUGGGAUAGGGGUGGAGGGCAGGUGCUCAGCCCAGGCAGAGCUUCAGCAGGGAAUGACGCUGGGGAACUUGGGGACUUUUGAUUAAUCCCACAAGCACCACUCUGGGCACAAGUAGGGGACCCCAUUACUUGCCCCUGCCCUGGGCCCUAAAGCCAAUAACCACAGUGCUACCAAAGCUCACACCUGCCUUUUGCAGGCUGGCACCUGCUCCACCCUGUGCCCCUCUGCAUGGUACCAAGCCCACAUUGGGGGUGACUGACUCCCUCCAGCCCCCACCCCCCAACCCAGGAGACAAAUAGCCCUUCCUUGGGGGACCCUGGGAAUGAUUCUGGCUUAAGCAACACAUCUUCCUCUACUGUCCCACCUGUGCCCCAAGCUCUGCUUAUACCACCUGCAUCCUCACCGGGCCCCUGGGCAGCCCUUCACACUGCAGGCACGCUGGACAAGGGGCCAUGGAAAUUCUGCUCUCCUGCAGGAAGAGCUGUGAAGUGUGGGGAGGGGAUGGCAUCAGGGACUGCCAGGCUUGGCUGGAGGGAAGGCACGGGCGAUGCCACCCUGCCCCUGCUCCCUCCUCCCAACUCCCUCCUUUGUGAUUUCCAUUAAAGUCUGUUGUUUUGUGACUGCUGCCAAUGUGGUUGGCCUUGCUCCUGCAGGCCACAUGGUCUGGGGAGGGAGGGGAGACACAGAAAUCUGCUCUGUAGCAGAGGCAAAUGAAGCAGGGCAGGCAGGCAGGCUCGGACCAGACGACAGGGAGCUCAAACACCACUGCCUGUUCUUCUGCUGGGGGCCUGGGUCCCUGCCUCCCACCGGGGAACAGAGGGAGCCUGCAGCCCCCAAAGAUGCUCAGCAUCUACGACAGCAGGAAGGCAGCAUCCUGGGCAUGGCAGGGAGGUGGCCUCCCCAUGUGGCACCCACCUAGAGAUUCUGGAACCCCACCCCUCCCAGCAAACUCCAGGCUGCCUGCUCCGUCUUGCCUGCCCUGACCUGGAAAUCCAGGAGUGUGGCCCAGGAGAGCCCUUGCCCAGUCCGUCUGCCCUUGGUGGCCAGGGCCGGCCCCAGGCCCAGCCACUUGCUGGGGAUUGAGCUUCACUGCCUCAGACAGCUGACCCCUUGUCCUCCCCGCCCCGUCCCCAUGGCACUUCUGGUGUGGCUCUGCCCCGGACCCCUUCCUUUGUGUAUCUCAGCCCUCAACUGCACCAACUGUUGUCAUACCUAAUUG